CUGCCAUAAACCCACAGAAGAAGAGGAAGAAGAAGAAGCACAAAGGGCGCAGUACAUUAGUCUAGGCAGUUGUCAGUGUGCUGGUAAACUGUUGAAGUUGUGGUUUUGACAAAAUAUAUUCUCAUACGGAGUAUUUUAUUUUUAUACUAUCUUGUGGACUGUCAAUUCUACAUUUUCAGUAAAAGAAGAUGGAAGUAGAUGAGUGUGGGGGGUUUCCUCCAGAACCAUCGGAGGGGAGCUCACAGAGAGGAAGUGUGGCAUCCUCUGUCACCCGCGCUCAAGAUGUGCUUGUGUACCUGGUGGGUGACAGUGCGGUACACUUGUGUGUGGAGGGGGUUGCCUGUGUGAGUGUCCAGGAGCUAGGCCGCAGUGUCCGGGAGGCUCUCCACAUUCCUGAUUCUGCAAUGGAUGCCUUUGCCUUCUGGCUCAGCUCUCCUCUGCUCGAACUGCAGUUAAAGCCGAAGCAUCAGCCUUACAAACUGUGCCGCCAGUGGCAGGACCUGCUGUAUCGCUUCACUGAGGCCUCAGAGGAGGACAUAUCUCAAGAUGAGCCAUGCUUGCAGUACAGAAGGAAUGUGUUUCAUCCCAAGUCUAAAGAGCUGCAGAUUGAUGACGAGGGGGUGUUGAGACUACUUUACGACGAGGCACGGGUUAACAUCCUCGCUGGCCGCUUCCCCUGUGACCCUGAAACCUGGACGAGUUUGGGAGCACUGUCUUUUGCUAUGGAACUGGGAGUAGGUCUGGAUGACCAGAAAGCCACUGCUGCUUUAAGAGAGAAGAAGCUGAUAUCCUUCCUGCCUGCACAUGUAUCAGGGGGAGGUGGAGGGCUGUUUUCUACCUUGAGGGGAAAAGGGGGCCGUCAGGCAGGGCUGGAGCACAACCUGUUGGAGGAGUAUCGUAAGAUCAGCACCUUAGGCAGCACCCCCCCAGAGCCCACUCAGCAUCUACGCCAGUACCUCAGCACAUGCCACUCUCUGCCUUACUAUGGGUGUGCUUUCUUCUCGGGGGAGAUUGACAAGCCAGCUCAGGGGAUUCUUCAUAGAGCAGGACGGAAAGCUGUCAAUGUGGGGAUUAGUCUGGAGGGGGUGUAUGUAAUGGACAUCAAAGAGAAGCAUGUUCUCCUGGGACUGCGUUUCAGUGAGUUGUCUUGGGACCACAGCUACCCCGAGGGGGAAGGUGACUCGCACAUCCUGUGGCUUGAAUUCGAUGGGGAGGAGGCCGGCACCCCUGUCAACAAGUUACUGAAGAUCUAUUCAAAACAAGCAGAGCUUAUGAGCGGCCUUAUUGAGUUCUGUGUGGAGCUACAGUCUGCAGCCGAAGGAGGGGCGGCGACGGAAACGGACAGUGAUGUCAGUCUAUCCCAUCAGCCUGCUGGACAGGCAGAGAACAGUGACAGAGGAAGGGGCGGUCGGCGAGGGAAACUGCGCAGGCAGAGCAGUGUGGUGUGCAGUCGGGUUCAUACACUGAACACCAUCAGCUACGUGGACAACGGUAAAGAAAUCAAACGCUUGAAGCCAAAGAGAGCUGCUUCCUUUUUCACCAGGCAGGCACAGCCACCCACUUACUCAUCAGUACAGGUGGAGCAAGGUUGAGCCUCCAUCUCUGAUCUAGGCACUGCUCUAUGCUAACUGGAGACCAAAACUGAACAUGCAAGUUGAGAUUAAGACUAAAAGAUAUGUAGGGAGUUAGAGGUUUAUCUUCUUGAUUGCAAAAAUACUAUGGACCAAGAAUAGGAUUUAAGUGUGAAUAAAUAUUUAUGGUUAAAUGUUGUGUAAAUGAAGUUACGUUCUUUAGGUGCUGGAAAGUGACAUUGAGUGGCAUUGCUUCACUGGUCAAGUUGAACCAGCUACCGAUUUGGUAGAAUUUGGAGUUUAAUAUGAAACUGUUGAUGUGUAGUGGUGACAGUAGCACCACCUUUUAGAUUUUACCCUUGUGAUAGGGGACCUUUAUUACAGUUCUCCUUCAGAUGGAGUUUAUGUGCAAUGACUAUGUACACUAUAUAUACAAAAGUAUGUGGACACCCCUUCAAAUUAGUGGAUUCGGCUAUUUCAACCACACCCGUUGCUGACAGGUGUAUAAAAUCGAGCACACAGACAUGUAAUCUCCAUAGAAAAACAUUGGCAGUAGAAUGGCCUUACUGAAGAGCUCAGUGACUUUCAAUGUGGCAGCGUCAUAUGAUGCCACCUUUCCAACAAGUCAGUUUGUCAAAUUUCUACCCUGCUAGAACUGUCCUGGUCAACUCUAAGUGCUGUUAUUGUGAAGUGGAAACGCCUAGGAGCAACAACGGUUCAGCCGCGAAGUGGUAGGCCACACAAGCUCACAGAAUGGACCGCUGAAGCAUGUAGCGUUUAAAAAUAACCUGUCAUCCGUUGCACCACUCAAUACCAAGUUCCAAACUGCCUCUGGAAGCAAUGUCAGCACAAGAACUGUUCGGACCUUUGUUAAAUGGGUGUCCGUGGCCAAUGAGCCUAAGAUCACCAUGCGCAGUGUUAAGGGUCGGCUGGAGUGGUGUGAAGCUUGCCACCAUUGGACUUGGUGGAAAUGUGUUCUCUGGAGUGAUGAAUAACGCUUCACUAUCUGGCAGUCCGACAGACGAUUCUCAGUUUAGAGGAUGCCAGGAGAUCGCUACCUUCCCAAAUGCAUAAUGCCAACUGUCAAGUUUGAUGGAGGAGGAAUAAUGGUCUGGGGCUGUUUUUCAUGGUUCGGGCUAGGCCCCUUAGUUCCAGUGAAGGGAAAUCUUUACACUAUAGCAUACAAUUACAUUCUAGACGAUUCUGUGCUUCCAACUUUGUGGUGAUGACAGUUUGGGGAAGGCCCUUUCCUGUUAAAGCAUGACAAUGCCCCUGUGCACAAAGUGAGGUUCAUACAGAAAUGGUUUGUCGAGAUCGUUGUGGAAGAACUUGACAGGCCUGAACAGAGCCCUGAUCACAACCCCAUCGAACACCUUUGGGAUGAAUUGGAACACCGACUGCGAGCCAGGCCUAAUUGGGGCGGCAGGUGGCCUAGUGGUUAGAGCGUUGGGCCGGUAACCGGAAGGUUGCUGGGCCGGUAACCCCGAGCUGACAAGGUAAAAAUCUGUCAUGCUGCCCCUGAGCAAGGCAGUUAACCCACUGUUCCCCGGGCGCCGAAGUCGUAGGUGUCGAUUAUGGCAGCCCCCCGCACCUCUGAUUGAGGGAUUGGGUUAACUGCGGAAGGCACAUUUCAGUUGAAUGCAUUCCCUUCCCUUUCCCUUUAAAAGAAAAUUACAAAUAUAUUGCCCAACCUCACUAAUGCUCUUGUGGCUGAAUGGAAGCAAGUCCCCGCAGCAAUGUUCCAACAUCUAGUAGAAAGCCUUCCCAGAAGAGUGGAAGCUUUUAAAGCUGCCCAUGAUUUUGGAAUAAGAUUUUUGACAAGCAGGUGUCCAUAUACUUUUGGUCAUGUAGUGUAUCAUUCAUUGAAAUGUAUGCUACGCUCUUGGAAACCAAACAACACGGGGGGGAUUGUAUUAUCUGAAUGGAGGGCGAUAUUGGAGGCUCUGCAACUAUCUUGUUCAAACCUCAGUCUUUGUACCAAAACAAACAUGUAUCUUGUGGUAGUCUUUGCCGCUCUGUGCUAAACACUCAGAUUCAGAGUCUCAUGGUUAUCAUGGACUUUAUCUGCAUCCACCUCCCAGAAAUGACAAGGCCUAGCAUUCUAGCACUGUUAUUGUUUAUAUUGUACACCAUGCAAGGGCAGCUUGACUUGGGAGGGGAGCGACUAAAGGGAAUUUUCUGAUGUGUAAACCGAUAUUUAUUUUUAGAAUUGGUUAAAUGUGGGUCUGGGUUAAGGUAAGGGUCCGUUUUAGAUUUGGCUAGUCGGUUUGCACAUCAGAAAAGUCCAUUUAGUCUCACCCACUUAGCUGACCAUUCAGUAAGAGGAUGUGUUUCCUGAUGACAGUUCUUCUGCUGGCCUCUCUUCAGUAUGAGAGGAGCGAUUCUACUGUAUAUCUCGGAUGCAAUUACGUGUUCAUAAGCUGAAGAACGUGGUUUCCACUAUGCUAUAACUGAUAUUGUCAAUUAUGCAAACGUGGAUGCAAAGACAACAAAAUGUUCCGAUUCAUAAUUCCUAAGGCACCCGAUCUAUGGAUGUGGUAUUCCUUUUUAAAAAGAUUGUAGUGUACUCACUUGCUGUACAUGCACAGCAUUCAAUAUCUUAGACAUGCACUAUUGAUACAUCAGAAAUACUGUAAAGUUUUUACCUUUGGUCAUUAUUUGUAUUCUUAGUAUUAUUAUUGGAGUAAUAACUUGGACUAAUAUUUUUUGACUCUGUUUCUGUCUCUCUGUUUCUGUCUCUCACACUCAAAUGAAGCAAUAGUCUGGAUAAAAAGACCAAGUGCCUUUGUUUCUUUCAGUAUUAAUUUGGCCAUUGAGAGACUUACCUGGUAAACGUGUAGGCUUGUUUGUCAAACAUGAUCUGCUCUGUUGACUGUGUUUACACAGGCAGCACAAUUCUGAUAUUUUUCCCAAUUAGAGGCAAAAUGGCUUAUCUGAUUGGUCAAAAAAAACAAUUAAUCAUAAGCUAUCUUGCCUAUAUUUGGGCAAAAUAUCAGAAUUGGGCUGCCUGUGUAAACGCAGCCGUAGACACUAAAAUAUAUCGAACCCUGUAACUGUUUUCUUUCCUUUGUAAAUUAUAUGUGCACUACCAAACUUAACCGGUGACUGACUAGGUUUAGUUAAACCCACAAAACGUUUUUUUAUUCAGCUUUGUACUGUUUUGACAAAACUAUAAGAUUUGUUAUAAUUGUGUUUUAAACCUUACUAUCAACGUUUUUUUUGUCCAUAUUUGAUCAAUAAAUUUUUUUGAAUAUCA